AUGCGUUUCAGCCGAGGUGGCUCAGGGCUGGGAUGUGUGCAUAUUGGCAUCGAGAACGAGGAAGGAUUCCACCGAGACGACUGCCACAGGACGGAGAUGCCUCGGACAUAA